UAUAUAUAUACAUACAAAAUAUUUUGGCACAUUCCAACUCCAGUAAACGCCUGUGUGUCUGUCUAUUAAUUCAUUCGUUUGUUUGUUUGGGAGUGUGUUUAUUCAUUCAUAAUAAGUAGCCUUUUUAUUCAAAUACAUGUUGCAGAGGCUGAGAGGCAUGUCCUUUAGGUCAAUAACCUACGCCUAUUACCUAACCCGUAGAUUAAAACACUAAGUUUGAUAAGCUACCUCUAGAAGUGAAAUUGACACCAUUAUCUCGUCAACACUGACCUUUUUAAUGGAUGCAUAAUGUAUCUGAUGACCAACUUCCUAAGCCAGGGAGAACAAAGUGGCCUUCUCUUUCCAUACACACUAAAAAAUACAAGCAAUCCACAACCUCUGAAACUUAUUUUGUGGUGUAGCCUAGGCCUAAUUUAUUUAUUCCACCCACAAGCCACAUCACUAGAUUGCAGAUCAGAAUGCAUUUCUAUACAUUUUAGGGAAUGUGUUAUUACAAUGAUUAUAACCGAAUUACAGUCAGCUAAAGCUAUUUUGGGUGGCAUAAGUGGUUUUGCAAAUGCAUGACGUUUGACUUUUCCCCAAACGCUUUUUGAGUCUUACGAUAUGCCGUAGGCUCUGUAACCAAGAGAAACAGGAAGCCAGUUUUUGAAAGCUUGCUGUCUCUGCCAGAAGCUAACUGUCUAUUCAGCAUUAUAACAGAACGCUUUUUAUGCAGUAGAAGCUAUAUGCCUCGAAUUAGAGGUUAAUAUUAACUGCCUUGUUUGUGAAGAGGUGAGGGUUUUGAAACCUUUGUGGAAAAUUCUGAGCGACGAUGAUGGUUUGUUGUUGCUUGCUAGCAAACAUUAGCUUGGAAGGAUUCAUAGCAACUUAACGUUCAGCUGAAUAGUUGUGUUUAAUAUUACUGUUGUCACACGUCAAACGCUAAUAGCAAUGUUGUUGUUGUUGUUAAUACCCACGGUUGGUUGGUAGGUAGACAUAAGUAGGCUACUGCUGGAACGGCAUAGAGUUAAAUCAGUAGGAUAGUGCUGACUUGGCUUACAUCUGUAACUAGGAUCAUGGCUUUGCCAACACUUACUGCUCAUUGGCCGAGUCGCGCAAGGACUUUGGAGAGGCAGAUGGCACGGCAACGGGAACAAGAGGCCCGCUGGCGGCAGCAAUGGGAGAACCACUCCAAGUACAUGAAAGACCAGCAUGUUCGUACCAGCAAGCAGGCACAUUGGAGCUCCCGUCAAUCAUACGAACAGAGCAUGAGUGCAUUCCAACGUGAGCGUGUACAAGAGGAGAAGAGACGCAGUCUGGAGGAGCGGAGGGGACGCCUGAGAGCCAUGCUGCAGGAGGAGAGGGACAUGCUGGAGGCCGAGCUCCGACAGGUGAUCCCGGACAGGAGCGCCCUGACCAGGCAGCUGGUGGAGAAGACGGAGAGCCUCCGGUCUGCCAGAGAGGAGCGCAGGAGAAAGGUUGCUCAGGAGUUGCUGAGGGAACACUGGAAGACAAACAACCCUGAGUUGCGAAAGGUUGAGUCGACGUUGCAUAAAGAUCACGUUGUGGGCCAUUGGCAGGUCCAGCAGGAGGAGAAGAAGCAGGAGGAGGAGAAGGCCGUGGAGGAGCAGAGGUGCUUCGAGAACGAGUACGGGCGCGCCCGCAGGGAGGCCCUGGAGAGGAUGAAAGAGGCGGAGGAGAAGCGGAAAGAGGAGGGGAAGAGGAGAGCCGAGGAUCUCCGCCAGCAGAUGGAGGAGCUGAAGCUGCGAGAGGAGGAGGCCAAGCGUCUGAAGGAGGAGCAGGAGGCCCUGCUGGUGCAGCACUGGGAGGUGGAGAGGCUGGAGGAGGAGCGGAAGAGGGCUGAGGAGGACAGGAAGAAAGCCAAUCUGGGGCGGGUCCUGACGAGGCAGUAUCGCACCCAGCUAAAGAGGAGAGCCCAGCAGGUACAGGAGGAGCUGGAGUUGGACCGGCGCCUACUGGCAGCGCUGGUGGAGGCCCAGCAGCAGGAGCGGACGCUGGAGAGCGUGCGGCGGGAGCGCGCGGUGGCGGACGCCGCCUGGAUGAAGCGCGUGUUGGAGGAGCAGCUCCAACUGGAGAAGCAGAGGGAGGCCGAGUUUGAGAUCCUCUACAGUGAGGAGGCCCAGCGGAUGUGGGAGAAGAGAGAGGCCGAGUGGGCAAGAGAGAAGCGAGCCAGAGAGAGGCUCAUGCAGGAGGUUCUGUCGGAGCGUCAGCAGCAGCUGGAGCAGAAGAUGCAGGAUAACCGGCAGGCCCAGGAGGAGUCUCUGCAGAGGCGCCAGGAGCUGAUAGAGCAGCUGGAGCAGGAGCGCCUCCGCCACAUGCAGGAGCACCUGGAGCUGGAGGGCCAGAAGACCGUGCGCAUGCAGGAGAUCAGUGCACAGGUGGAGGCGCAGCGUAGGGAGCACUGGGAGGAGGAGCGGCGACGGGAGCAGGAGGAGGAGGAGGCGCUGGCGGCGCUGAGGCUGGAUGAAGAACAGAUGCAGCAGGAGACCCAGAGGAUGGCCCAGCAGGGCUACCAGGACAGGAUCCGAGGACGACCACGCUCUGCCUGGACCUGAUCCGCUUGACCACAUGCUGCUCAUGGACUUGAUCGAGUUCUUAUCGGUCCUUAAUUUAUGGAUCAUUUGGUUAGAAGGAAUUAAGUGUGUUUUUCUAGUUGUUUAUUAGUGUUUUUGUACAAUUACCAAAUCAUUUUUAUAAUGUUUUUUUAAUAAAAAAAGGUAUCUCGUAAAUUAAAAAAGGGAUUGAAUUGAUACUCAUGGUUGUUAACUGGCCAUGCACGAAAGGGGUGCAUUUCAUGUCGACACACCUUAUCAAUAUUCAGAAACUCUACAAUUAACAAUUAACAUUGAAUUACAUUGGAGGUCGUGCCAAGAGCUGUUUAAUGUUACCUGCCUCUUAAGUAACUAGAAAAUGAAUAUGGGAUCUCUGCUCCUGAUGUAAACAGCAUGGAGAUGUAAUUUCACCUCCAGCCUGUGUCAGUUCAUACGGGGGGAAAGUUGAGGGACACAACACUCUGGAACGCUUCAAAAAAAUAAAAAAAUAAAAAAUCAGGGCCAUUUUUUUAA